AUGUUAUAUAUGUUAAAGCCACUGCCUUUGCUAACAGGAUGUUAUGGACGUAUUUUUUGUUGGCCAAAGCAGUUUGUCACUGCGUUAGCUCUCUUCAAAAAAAGAAUCGAUGUCAAAGUUGAGGAAGAUACGACAAUUGUUGAAGUUGUUGAUGUUGCCGAUGUAGAUGACCGCAAAGUGUUGAAACAUAGUCCAGAAACUUGUACACUAUGUACUUGUAAUGUUCCCAUCAAAAUCCGUUAUUCAGAUGUAUUAAUUUUGGAGCAAUUUAUGCGAAAAGAUGGAACCGUGCUUCCGCAGCAACUUACUGGUUUGUGCAAAAAGCAACAGCAGAGGAUUGAACGUUGUGUUAUGCAGGCUCAUUGGGCUGGCCUCUUUCCAGACAGGACGACUGCGGAUUUUGAUCGUUCGGGAUACAAAAGAUUUGCGAGAUACUGGAACGACGACAUGGAUAUGUAUCGGUUGAAAGAAGAAGUGGUCCCCGGUUCAUGGUACUAUAUUAAACGGUAUAACACACGUGGAGUUAAUUUCAGAAAGAGCUGA